AAACCUUUGUCUCUUCUUCCUCCUUUUAGUGUCAUAGUUCACGCCCCUUACCUCGCUCUUUCGUUUUGUCAUUCUUCUUCUUCUCCUUCUUAUUAUUUUUCAAGGGCUUUUAGCAUGCUUAAUUGUCUGUUAAGUUCAGUGCAUUGUCGCUGGAGUAAUUGUUCUUUCUGAUUUUGCUUUGGGUUUCGUGCGGUUUUACGUCCUGGGCUGAUGUUUAUUUGCUCCCUGCGCUCUAUCUCUCAAACCUCUUUUUCCUUUGAAUUUGUUUGUUUUUUUUUUUUUUGAAUCUGGCUUGAGCCAUCCCAGCGAAAGGAUGGCAGAGAUGGAUUUUAGUUACAGUUUGACUGUUCUGCUUUUAGCUGUCAUAUAACCCAGUAUGUGCCAAGAAACCGGAUGAUUGUGUUGUCCCUUAUUUUUUUUCGAUGUCUGGUUCUCUCUAUUGGUAUGAUUCAUCGUGUAAAUUCUUUUAGACAUUUUCUUUCCUUGACUCAUGAUGUUUGUCGAGAAAUCAUCGAUAUUAUGCUUCUCAAUUGUUGGGGACCUUUCACAAGAAGUAUCUUAUGAAGAAGCUGCUUUUAUUUUUUCGACAUAGACAUGUAGUUUUAUAUAUCAGAAAAUUUUUUAUGUUUUAAAAUAAACUAGUAUGCACUAGGAAUCUGAGGGGCUUUCUUGAUUGACACUGCUUGGCAGGUUUUCUGUAAUGUAAAUUCUCUACUCUUACAAUGGAGAAAUACAUGCUGAUGACUACUUGUUUAAUAUUCUUAUGUUUUUGGUCCGUACGUAGUUCAAGCGUUUGAAUCUUUUGUUACUUCUGGUUGUGGCCCAAUUAAUGCUUGUCUUCCACUUUCUCUUGACCUUAACCGAAAGUUCAAAGCCAUGUUAGUCGUCAUCUUUUUCUUAACCAAUAGACAUAGACUGAAGUCAAAACAAUUGAUAUUCUUGUAGGACAACUUGUAUUAGAUCUUAAUUAGUUCCACUAAUAGCACAUUGUAUUCAGUUUCCCUCCUUUCUUCAUUGCUUCAUAAAAGACUUUAGUGACGCAAAAUAUUGAUGUAAUGCAUAGGCAUUUUGACAGAGAAGAGGUGCCUCUAUGGAAGAGUGUGGUGCUUGUAAUCAAGUUUUGUUCAUUGAUCAGCAAGACGGAUACAAAAGUCAAGUCUCGCUGAGAAUUUCUGAAGAUGAGGAAGAGGAAGAGGAUUCAAAAGAUGAAGAUGAAAAAGAUUUUAAAAUUAAAACUUUGUUCAUACCAAAGUUUAAGAGAAGAAAGCAGCUUAGCCUUAAUCAGCUUGGAGAGAUGAAAGAGCUGUUAGAUGUAGACCAGGGUCAAGGUAUAAACAAGCUUAAGACGAAGAAGCAUCAGAGUAGAAAUAGAUGGUCAGCUGAAAGGUAUCAGCAGGCUGAGCAAAGAAUGUGGGAGGUAUUAAAGGGUGCGGGUGCAAAUUUUGCAAAUCCAAUUUCACGACAUGCUCUAAGAAAGGCUGCCCGUCAACAUAUUGGUGAUACUGGACUUUUAGACCACUUACUGAAGCAAAUUGAUGGCAAACUAGCACCUGGAGGGACUGAUCGGUUUCGACGGUGGCACAACCCCAAAGGAAUUAUGGAGUAUUGGUUGGAGAGUGCUCACCUAGAUAAAGUCCGUCAGGAGGCUGGGGUGCAGGAUCCUUACUGGUUGCCACCCUCUAAUUUUAAUGCAGGCAGUGCCUUCUCUCAGAAUACUGGUUCUUCUUGUGAACUGAAGUUGCUUCAAAUAGAAAUGGCCAAAAUGAAGAGAGACAUGCAGGAGCUGAUAUUGAAGAAGCAAGUGAAGAAUGGACAUUAUCUGAUGGAAGGGACGCAGAAGGAAUUGGGGAGGUUGAAAGCUACGACCGAGGAGCACUUAGCUGGGAUUAUUACUUCUUUGAAGGGUAUGCAGGGCAUGUGUGGUGAAUUGGUCAUUUGGAAAACUAAAGUUGAUCAACAGCUUGCAGAAAUAGCCAAUAAAUUGAACGAUCUGCAGUCAUCCCAGGAACGCACUACCAUGGGUUUUCCUUCAGAGGAAUGGGAAGAUUGGCUAGAAAACAUCACCUUAGACAAUAUUCCAGGUGAUGGACUUGCAACUUGGUUAGGGAGUACGGAACUGAUGAAUGUUCAGCAAGAGGUUGUACUUCAUGAUCCUAUCUUAUCCACACCGUCUCCACCAUGCAACAAAGAACUAAAUGACGCAAGGAGCAAUUCGUUGGAGGUCAUUACCAAGAGACAAGAUGAAGAUCAACCUGAUGUGACUCCUUGUUCUUCUACGACUGUUAGUUCAAAAUCAGAUCUAGACAACAAAACAUUGAUAUUGUUUCAGGGGAUGCUUAUGGAGUUGGUUAAAUGGAAAGAUAAAAUGGAGCAGCAGCUUUUGGAGGUAUCUAAUUCCGUACAUAUGCUGGAUAUGAAGUACACUACAGUUUGAAGUAUCAAAGGCAGGAUAGGAUAUUAACUACCCUAAUUCCCGUAGGUUUUAGAUAUUGUACAGCAUUGACAAUCUGACCAUGAUUGUUCAUAGCAAUUGCAUCUGAUCUGCGUAGCGAGCUGCGAAUUGUUCAUAUGUUUUGAGUUUGACUGGCCUGUUACAGUUGAGUUUGGUUUAAGGUAGAUAUUCAGGAGGAUUUUGGUUUCUUGACAUCCUCUGGAAAGAUUUUGUUACCUUGAUAUAGGUCUUUACUCUUUAGGAAGCUUACCUUUCACUCAUUAGCUAGAGUAACCUUUUGAAUUCUGUAUCUAGCCCUGUUUUGGGAGACAAAGUUGACAUAUUUGAAUAUAAAAUUUCUCCAGGAUGGUUUGUCA